AAAAAUAUUUAUAUACAUACAAAGAUGGAAAGCUCACGCUCAAGCUCUAGUCAACAUGUCGCAUUGGAUGUUAAAGAAGAAUACACAUACCCAUAUCCAUCAAAUCUUGCUGCAGCAAGCUUUAUUAGUGUGAAGCUGAGUGGUAGGGACAAAUACGGUGUUUGGAAAACACAGAUGCUAUGUCUCUUAAAGAGUCAUGGUAUGUUUGGAUUCGUUAAUGGAACACUUGUAAGCCCUCAAACAAGUAGCAGUGUUUCCGGGAAGGAGAAAGUGGGGGAUGACAACAUUCACUUACUGUGGACAAGAUCAGAUGCUCUUGUGAAAGGUUGGAUUCUUGGUUCCCUUUCAGAACAAACACUCACGUAUGUUGUGGAUCGUCUUAUGGAAAAACUUCAUUUAGAGAGAAAUUCAGAAGAUAAUUUCAGUGCAAAACAUGUAUGGGAUGAACUGCAGACUAUGUAUGCUCCUGCUGUUGUUCCACAACUGCCUCCUGUUAUUGAAGAUACACUACAAGAUGAAGAUGAAAAAGACAAAACAUUGAAUCUCCGAGAAUUGUACAGUUGUGCUCAAGAAGAAUAUUGGAGUGGGGUUGAAAAGAUUUUGAGUUAUGGAAGGGUUACAGUGAUAGACAAAAUCACAAAUAAUGGCAACACCUUGCUCCAUGUAGUAGUUGGUACAUCCAAGAAGCGAAAAUUCUUAGAGGAAUUGUUGGAAGUGACACCAGAGAAUACAAAACUAACGGAUGUGAGAAAUUCAGAUGGAAGCACGUUGCUUCAUGUUGCUGCUAUUAUCGGCAACACUGAAGCUGCUGACAUCUUGGUGGAAAGGGACCCAGAUUUGUUGUUGGCCAAAGACAACGAGGGUCAGACACCAUUAGCCUUGGCUCUUUCUAAUAUGCACACUCAAACAGCCCGACAUCUUUUGGAUCACAUCAAUACUGAAGAUCAUAUACAUAAGGAUGUUCUGUUUUCUGGCGCAACUGGUGAUGGUUUUCUAGUUACUCUUAUUUCCGCUAAAGAUUUCCGCUUUGCAAAAGAUCUGCUGGGGCAUUACAAAACAUUGGAUACUGAUGCUGUGCUCAUGGCUAUAGCUCAAAAUUUCCCAAGCGAAGUUAACAAGUUAAAAAGAUACAGAGGGAUUGAUAAAUUACUUAGGAGAGCAGACGGGUUUUGCACAACCUUUUGCUGUAAAAUAAUUGACAGAUGUUCUCCAUGGGUUUUCAAGUUGAUAAUCAUCCCAAUCAUGUUUGUGACUUACUUCAUCCUUGUCCUUGUCAUGUUCCCUUUGAUGUUAGUGUGGCUACUCAUUAUAAAGGGAGUAGAAACUCAUGAAGCUGUGAAACUGUUGUGGGAUGUAUCUAAGUUGAUAAAGGAAAAAAACCACUUCAGCUCUUACCAUCACUAUUACACAAAUCCAAUUCUUGAAGCAACUAGACAAAAUGCAUACGAGUUAGUAGAACAAAUUGUGUAUCACUUCCCUAAUGCAAUUUGGAGUACCAAUGAAGAUGGUCACAACAUUAUUCAGUAUGCUGUGAUAAAUCGCUCAGAAAACGUUUACAACCUGCUUUAUCAAAUGAGUGAACAUAGGAAUAUAUAUCGAACAAUUAGAGACUCUCAUGGGAAUAACCUGUUGCAUCUAGCAGCAAGAUUGGCACCUAACAACAAACUCAAUCUUAUAUCGGGGGCAGCUUUACAAAUACAACGUGAACUACAAUGGUUUAAGGAAGUGGAAAAAUUCAUUUGUCCUCUAAGCAUCAUACAAAAGAACUAUUUCAACGAAACACCACAAAUGGUAUUUACUAGAGAACACAAGGACAUGGUGAUUGAGGGAGAAAAAUGGAUGAAAUCCACUGCGGAGUCCUACACGAUUACAGCUGCAUUAAUCAUCACCAUUGUGUUUGCAGCAGCUAUUACAGUGCCAGGUGGAAAUGAUCAGAACAAGGGGAUACCAAUUUUUACCAAUCGCACUGCCUUCACAAUAUUUGCAAUAUCAGAUGCCAUAUCAUUAUUCGCAGCUGUUACCUCAUUGUUAAUGUUUUUGUCGAUUCUCACUGCACGUUUUGCUGAGCACGAUUUUCUCUUCAAGUUGCCUACAAAGUUGAUAAUUGGUUUGGCCACAUUGUUCAUCUCAACAACAGCCAUGAUAGUAGCUUUUGCUGCAACGUUAUAUCUUGUAUUUGGCCAAAGCAACUUACGAAUUCUUAUUCCUAUAGUUGUGUUGACAUGCCUACCAAUUACUUCUUUUGUGACCCUGCAGUUCCCUCUUGUCAUAGAGUUGAUGAGUGCUACAUAUGGUCGUAGUAUUUUUGGUAAGCAAAAAGAUGAUAUCUUUUAUUAACUCUUUUUGUCCGAGUGUAGAAUGAUGUAACAAAUAGAGGUGGAAGGUGGUACAUAACAAUGUAGUCAUUUUGACUUUGUAAUAUGACAGUUAUUUGAGGUAUUUAGGAUGGUGAAACACUGAUUGCUGGGUGAAAAUUGGGAAUUGUAUAUAUAUGUUAUAUAACACCAAACGAUUAUCAAGAAGUGUUCGUUUA